AUGCAGGAAUUCCGCCAAUAUUGGCAGACCACCAGGAAAGGGGUAGUAGUUACCAUCGCUAUUCGCUAAUCAUUUUUAAAUGUAAUCUCUUUAUGCUAUUACCUAUAGCCUGUGAAGCGUGUGGUUUAAAAUUCAGAACUUGUCAGCACAACAGUGGUGGUUCUUCUGAGAAAGGGGGAAUGAAGGGGGAAAUAAUGGUUAAGCUGUGUCCCAAAUGACACCCUAUUCCGUACAUAGUGCACUACUUUUGACCAGAGCCCUAUCAAAAGUAGUGCACUACAUAGGGAAUAGGGUGCUAUUUGGGUCACAAGCCUAAGUCUGCAGCACAAAGCAUGUGCAAAUUAACAUGUUUCAUUCUCCCUGGCCUGAGGCCCUGAAGGCUGGACAGGCAUUGAGAAGGACGAUUGUUUACAUCAGGCUGUGAUCCCAAAUCACUCCCUAUUUAGUGCACUACUUUUGACUAGGGCCCUAUAGGGCGCUGGUUAAAAGUAGUGCACUAUGUAGGAAAUAGGGUGCCAUUUGGGACGUGGACCCAAAGAGUGGCCACCGGCUGCUGGGGUAUUCUUCCCCUCUGUUUGGCCAUCACUGAGGAGACAUGCCCCAUUUAAAUGGUUGUUUACUUGCAUUAGAAAAAGAGCCAAAACACUUCUCAAUGAACUCUUGUCUACAAUUCAAUUAGUGUGCCCUAACCUUUUCCUUCUCAGCAGCAGCUAGCACGGUUUAGUUCCUGGUACCACAGUUCCCUGGAUGUCUUUAGUUCCCUGGCUGUAUGGUACCACAGUUCCCUGGAUGUCUUCAGUUCCCUGGAUGUCUUCAGUUCCCUGGAUGUCUUCAAUUCCCUGGCUGUAUGGUACCACAGUUCCCUGGAUGUCUUCAGUUCCCUGGAUGUCUUCAGUUCCCUGGAUGUCUUUAGUUCCCCGGCUGUAUGGUACCACAGUUCCCUGGAUGUCUUUAGUUCCCUGGCUGUAUGGUACCACAGUUCCCUGGAUGUCUUCAGUUCCCUGGAUGUCUUUAGUUCCCUGGCUGUAUGGUACCACAGUUCCCUGGAUGUCUUCAGUUCCCCGGCUGUAUGGUACCACAGUUCCCUGGAUGUCUUCAGUUCCCGGCUGUAUGGUACCACAGUUCCCUGGAUGUCUUCAGGUUCCCUGGCUGUAUGGUACCACAGUUCCCUGGUGUCUUCAGUUCCCCGGCUGUAUGGUACCACAGUUCCCUGGAUGUCUUCAGUUCCCUGGCUGUAUGGUACCCAGUUCCCUGGAUGUCUUCAGUUUCCCUGCUGUAUGGUACCACAGUUCCAUGGAUGUCUUUAGUUUCCCUGGCUGUAUGGUACCACAGUUCCCUGGAUGUCUCAGUUCCCUGGCUGUCUUCAGUUCCCUGGGCUGUCUUCAGUCCCUGGCUGUAUGGUACCACAGUUCCCUGGAUGUCUUUAGUUCCCCCCGGCUGUAUGGUACCACAGUUCCCUGGAUGUCUUUAGUUCCCCGGCUGUAUGGUAACCACAGUUCCCUGGAUGUCUUUAGUUCCCUGGCCGUAAUGGUACCACAGUUCCCUGGAUGUCUUAGUUCCCCUGGCUGUAUGGUACCACAGUUCCCUGGAUGUCUUCAGUUCCCUGGCUGUAUGGUACCACAGUUCCCUGGAUGUCUUCAGUUCCCUGGCUGUAUGGUACCACAGUUCCCUGGAUGUCUUCAGUUCCCCGGCUGUAUGGUACCACAGUUCCCUGGAUGUCUUCAGUUCCCUGGCUGUAUGGUACCACAGUUCCCUGGAUGUCUUCAGUUCCCUGGCUGUAUGGUACCACAGUUCCCUGGAUGUCUUUAGUUCCCCGGCUGUAUGGUACCACAGUUCCCUGGAUGUCUUUAGUUCCCCGGCUGUAUGGUACCACAGUUCCAUGGAUGUCUUUAGUUCCCUGGCUGUAUGGUACCACAGUUCCCUGGAUGUCUUCAGUUCCCUGGCUGUAUGGUACCACAGUUCCCUGGAUGUCUUCAGUUCCCUGGCUGUAUGGUACCACAGUUCCCUGGAUGUCUUCAGUUCCCUGGAUGUCUUCAGUUCCCUGGCUGUAUGCUUGUCCCCUAGCAACAUGUGCUAUCUUCUGUCCUAACAACAUGGACAGAACUACGGAUAGAAUCGAUCAGACAUGCUAAUGAUCGUAAAUUACACAGCUGAGCUGAGCCAGUAAAGUGCAUAAUUUUGUUCAUUGGACUUCCUGUUAGACAAUGUGAACUCGUGGCAAUAAACACAUUUUGAAUUUGAUUUGAACCAUUGAUUAAGUUGGCACUUGGUGCAAUAUAGGUGAGUAGUGGUGCAAUACAGUGUUCCAAGCUACGCCAACUGUUGCUUUAAGAUUGCAACAUUUUGAGUGGGGCAAGAAAUGGUCAGAAACGGGUCAGGGCAAGUAGUGCACUAUAAAGGGAAUACGGUGCCAUUUGGGCCGCAGAGUCUGUGGUCUGUAGCUCUGUCUAGUGGCUUGGCACUGCAGUCGCAGACCAGUAGCCUCGUGUUUUCUUGCCCUGGAAAACCACAGACAGUAACAGCAUGUUUUAUGUUUUUUAAGCCUGAAGUUGUAUGAUUGCUUUUCCUGUUAUCCCCUGACCAGACGAUUGUAUAAUAGGAAAUGGUUAGAGAUUUCUGCCCUCUUAUUUCCUAUUUUUGGAAAUUGUGGGCAUAGUUUUAGUUUGUCUGAACAGGGUGAAGUUUUACAGCAGAGAUGGAAAUCCACUGUAUAUUCCCUGGUUGUCUCACGGUCUGUCUUUCCAUUGGAAAUAGCAGGGCCUCCCAGUUGCAAAUAAUGCUGUUAUUAUUUGGUUUACACACCCAGAUCAGACUUCCUCCUCGAAGGCUGUCAGUUAUUUUUUCAUUCUGAUAGUAAAUUUAGCUGGAACAAGCAGACCUGUUUAGCUGGAAAAACAUGAAAUCGAGUUCAGCUAAUCAAUUCUCUCAUCAUUCCAAAUUACUGACUGGUGAGUUCAAAGUUGUAUUUUUAUGCCCUGUUAUUGAGUUAUUUAGUCAUACUAAGCCUUUCCAGGAUAGGAAUUUCUUUCAGCGAUGAGUGAUGUUGCCCUCAACCUUGGUGGAGUCAUUUUAUGGAAUAUUUCAAAUAUUGUGAAGACCGAAUGAUUUCAUAAUGCUGUAAUCUGCUGUAGCUCAAUUGGUAGAGCACGGUGCUUGUAACACCAGGGUAGUGGGAUCGAUCCCCGGGACCACCCAUACACAAAAAUGUAUGCACGCAUGACUGUAAGUCGCUUUGGAUAAAAGCGUCUGCUAAAUGGCUUAUUAUUAUUAUUAUUAUUAUUAUUAUUAUUAUUAUUAUCUGUUCCAGUGAUUGGACACAGUUUAAUAUGAAUAUCAACAUCCAAGCCCUCUAUAGUGUUUUUAAGGGCCUGCUGCACGUAUAUAGCCAGCCAUAGUCGAUUGAUUAGCCAGCAGCUGUGGGUUAAAGCGCUGAACUGAGGCAGUUAUGAAAUGCUAAUCUCAUAUAAUUAGCAGAUGCUUUUUAUCCAAAGUGACUUACAGUACAUUGAGUGCAUGCAUGUUUAGUAUGUGAACCCUGCGUGUGGGAAUUUAACCUACGACCUUGCUAUUAGCUCCAGGCUCUUACUAACUGAUCCACACAGGACCAUAUUAUAGUGAUUGGGGAAUAGGAUACGAGUUGUUGGUGACUAACGUUCAACCUCUCUUCUCCUCCUUCAUCUUCCCUUCCUCCUAUUUCUUCCAGGUGGGUUUAAACCAGCACCUGGCCUGAUCCUGUUACCUGGUAACCAGUAACAGGGCACCAAUCCUAGCCUCCUGAUUGGCUGUGACAGAAGCGGUCUGUGCAGAGGAGGGGGCAACCCGAAAACUAACUGCUUUGCUCCCCCCUUCUUUUCUUUGUUUUGAGGAGGGAGGGGGAGGACUAGGGAGGAGGACUUGGCAGGAGAAGGAGAACUGCAGGAGGAGGCCUCGGCAGGAGGAGGAGUGCUCUGUGUGUGUUCUAACUUCUCAGAGGAGCAUGGGGCAGAGCGUCCCUGGAGGCAUAAAGACUAUUGACAUGAAGGACCCGGCGUUCAGGCCUCUGGAGCUGGCAGCUCUGGACCACGCCAAGCCCUCCAGGCUGGACCUGCUGCUGGACAUGCCCCCUGCUGGACAGGAGGUCCAGAUGCAGCACUCCUGGAACAACAACGACCGAUCCCUCAACAUCUUUGUCAAGGACGACAACAAACUGGUCUUCCACCGGCACCCCGUGGCUCAGAGCACGGACGCCAUCCGGGCCUGUAUCGGCUACACCCGGGGGCUCCACAUCUGGGAGAUAAACUGGGCCAUGAGACAGCGGGGAACGCACGCCAUCGUCGGUGUGGCGACAGGAGACGCGCCUCUUCAUUCUGUAGGCUACACGACCCUGGUGGGUAAUAACCACGAGUCCUGGGGCUGGGACCUGGGACGGAAUAAACUUCACCACGAUGGGAAGAACCAGCCCAGUAAGACAUACCCUGCAUUCCUGGAGCCGGAUGAGACGUUUCUAGUCCCCGACUCGUUCCUGGUAGUGUUGGACAUGGACGAGGGGACUCUGAGCUAUAUAGUGGACGGACAGUACCUGGGGGUGGCUUUCAGAGGGCUCAAGGGGAGGAAGCUGUAUCCUGUCGUCAGUGCUGUGUGGGGGCACUGUGAAAUACGAAUCCGGUACAUCAAUGGACUUGAUCGUAAGUAGUGUCUGUAACAGAGCUCUCUAACCCUGUUCCUGGAGAGCUAACCUCCUGUAGGUUCACUCCAGCCCUGUUCCUGGAGAGCUAACCUCCUGUAGGUUCACUCCAGCCCUGUUCCUGGAGAGCUAACCUCCUGUAGGUUCACUCCAGCCCUGUUCCUGGAGAGCUAACCUCCUGUAGGUUCACUCCAGCCCUGUUCCUGGAGAGCUAACCUCCUGUAGGUUCACUCCAGCCCUGUUCCUGGAGAGCUAACCUCCUGUAGGUUUACUCCAGCCCUGUUCCUGGAGAGAUAACCUCCUGUAGGUUUUCACUCCAACCCCAGUUGUAACUAACCUGAUUCAGCUUAUCAACCAGCUAAUUAUUAGAAUCAGGUGUGCUAGAUUAGGGUUGGACUGAACCUACAGGACGGUAGCUCUCCAGGAACAGGGUUAGAGAGCCCUGGCCUAUAAUAUGAUAUUUUCUUAACUGUAAGGGUUCAGGGUUGGCUUUGGUGUUUGCUCUGAGACAUGGUUUUAGACUUUCUAAAGUCUACUACAGCCACGUCUCACAGCCAGCUGAAGUCCUGGGCGCUUUGGAACGUUCAGAAAUAUGCUAUGUAGAACAAACAUGCCUCUCUGACAUGCAUUAGGACAGGGUUCUUCAAUUCCGGUCCUGGAGGGCCGAAACACCUCUGUUUUUCAUCCUCUCCUUCUAAUCAGGGGCUAAUUCAGACCUGGGACACCAGGUGAGUGCAAUUAACUACCAGGUAGAAAUAAAAACAAAAAACAGAAGUGUUUCAGCCCUCCAGGACCGGAAUUGAAGAACCCUGCGUUAGGAUAAGGAAUCAUGUUGGCUCUAGUUAUGACAUUUUCUAUCUGUAACGUUUGAAAACAUUAGGGCUACUGCUUGUGUUCCUAGCUAUCCCUUAAUAAUUCCUCUCUAGCUUUAGUAGAAGUGUCUGUCUGGACAUUGGGUUGUGGUUGAAAUCAGGGUGGGAAAUUUAACUUUUUGCUCCACCAGUCACUGGCAGGUAAAUGGGGAAAAAAAAAUCACUGAUCUUUUACCAGCGAAAAAUAUUUUUCCCAUAAUUACACAAAAUCACAAAUAACUGAAUGAGCGUUCUUUGUAAUGUUUUAAAACAAGAAAUGUAUUGCUAGUAUGAAGUAAUGUGGUAUAUUGCUCAAUUACAUUUGUGACCUGAGUAUUUUUAAACAGUUAUGUUAAAAUAAAUAAUUUUGAUACAAUAGUCAAACGGAGAAACAGUUGUACAACUAAACAUCAAGAAUCAACGAAAGUCCCUGCGCUGCCGCAAAAUGCUCCGUGUUAUGGCUUAUUUUAUUAUUAUUAGUUCAGGGCUCUAACACUGACCGUUUUUACAAUGAGUACAUAAGUUGUUAUUUAGGAACACACAAAUAAAUGUAGGAACACAGUGAAAUUAUUUGAGUGUUUUUUAAUGAUAAAUGACUAAAAGAUUUUUGUAGUGUUACACGCUCAAUCAAGCACAAUGUACCCCCAAAUAUGAGUCAUUCGGUGAGAGCAAAAUGUUCAGCUGCCCCUUUUUAAGUUUAACGGCACUUGUCUGUCUGUCAGAGAUGAGAAUCUCUGUCUGCGCUAGCAGCAGAGAGUUGCAGCAAACACGAAACUAAUAUUGAAAAACAACCUAAUAUGUGAACAAAACGAUGUAACUAGCCAAGAAACACCAGGACGAAGUCCCACUUCAGUAGCCUUUCAGGUCAAUUCAAACCAACUUCUACAUUUUGGCUUUGGAUUGACCAGCGUCGCUGCACAGCUAUUUUCAGGUCUCUCCAGAGAUGUUAGAUCGGGUUCAAGUCCAGGCUCUGACUGGGACACUCUAGGACAUUCAGAUACUUGUCCCGAAGCCACUCCUGCGUUGUCUUGGCUGUGUGCUUAGGGUCGUUAUCCUGUUGGAAGGUGAACUUUCACACCAGUCUGAGGUCCUGAGCGCUCUGGAGCAGGUUUUCAUCAGGUAUCUCUCUGUACUUUGCUUCGUUCAUCUUUCCCUCGAUCCUGACUAGUCUCCCAGAACCUGCUGCUGAAAAACAUCCCCACAGCAUGAUGCUGCCACCACCAUGCUUCACCGUAGGGAUGGUGCCAGGUUUCCUCCAGAUGUGACGCUUGGCAUUCAGGCCAAAGAGUUCAGUCUUGUUUCUCAUGGUCUGAAAGACUUUAGGUUUCUUUUGGCAAACUCCAAGCUGGCUUUCAUGUGCCUUUUUACUGAGGAGUGGCUUCCGUCUGGCCACUCUACCAUAAAGGCCUGAUUGGUGGAGUGCUGCAGAGAUGGUUGUCCUUCUGGAAGUUUCUCCCAUCUCCACAGAGGAACUUGGUAGCUCUUUCAGAGUGACCAUCGGUUUCUUGGUCACCUCCCUGACAAAGGCCCUUCUCCCCCGAUUGUUCAGUUAAGCCGGGUGGCCAGCUCUAGGAAGAGUCUUGGUGGUUCCAAACUUCUUCCAUUUAAGAAUGAUAGUGGCCUCCAUGUUCAUGGGGACCUUCAAUGCUGCAGACAUUUUUUGGUACCUUUCUCCUGAUCUGUGCAUCGACACAAUCCUGUCUCGGAGCUCUACGGACAAUUCCUUCGAACUCAUGGCUUCGUUUUUGUUCUGACAUGCACUGUCAACUGUGGGAAAUUAUAUAGACCGGUGUGUUCCUUUCCAAAUUCAUAUCCAAUCAAUUGAAUUAACCACAGGUGGACUCCAAACAAGUUGUAGAAACAUGUCAAGGAUGAUCAAUGGAAACAGGAUGCACCUGAGCUCAUUUUCAAGUCUCAUAGCAAAGGGUCUGAAUACUUAUGUAAAUAUGGUAUUUCUGUUUUUUAUUUUGCACAAAUUUCUAAAAAACUGUUUUUACUUUGUCAUAAUGGGGUAUUGUGUGUAGAUUGAUGAGGAUUUGUAUUUAUUUCAUACAUUUUAGAAUAAGGCUGUAACGUAACAAAGUGGAAAAAGUCCAGGGGUCUGAAUACUUUCCGAAUGCACUGUACAUGUCCUCGAAAUAGUCGAAGUUAAUCUAAUAUAAGUCAAGAAAUCUGUGAUUUAAUUUAGACGUUUUUGCUGAGGAGAUCUUAGUUGCCAUCUCCUAUACAGUGAGGGAAAAAAGUAUUUGAUCCCCUACUGAUUUUGUACGUUUGCCCACUGACAAAGAAAUUAUCAGUUUAUAAUUUUAAUGGUAGGUUCAUUUGAACAGUGAGAGACAGAAUAACAACAACAAAAAAUCCAGAAAAACGCAUGUCAAAAAUGUUAUAAAUUGAUUUGCAUUGUAAUGAGGGAAAUCAGUAUUUGACCCCCUCUCAAUCAGAAAGAUUUCUGGCUCCCAGGUGUCUUUUUUAUACAGGUAACGAGCUGAGAUUAGGAGCACUCCCUUUAAGGAGUGUGCUCCUAAUCUCAGCUUGUUACCUGUAUAAAAGACACCUGUCCUACAGAAGCAAUCAAUCAAUCAGAUUCCAAACUCUCCACCAUGGCCAAGACCAAAGAGCUCUCCAAGGAUGUCAGGGACAAGAUUGUAGACCUACACAAGGCUGGAAUGGGAUACAAGACCAUCGCCAAGCAGCUUGGUGAGAAGGUGACAACAGUUGGUGCGAUUAUUUGCAAAUGGAAGAAGCACAAAAUAACUGUCAAUCUCCCUCGGCCUGGGGCUCCAUGCAAGAGCUCACCUCGUGGAGUUGCAAUGAUCAUGAGAACGGUGAGGAAUCAGCCCAGAACUACACAGGAGGAUCUUGUCAAUGAUCUCAAGGCAGCUGGGACCAUAGUCACCAAGAAAACAAUUGGUAACACACUACGCCGUGAAGGACUGAAAUCCUGCAGCGCCCGCAAGGUCCCCCUGCUCAAGAAAGCACAUAUACAGGGCUGUCUGAAGUUUGCCAAUGAACAUCUGAAUGAUUCAGAGGAGAACUGGGUGAAAGUGUUGUGGUCAGAUGAGACCGAAAUCGAGCUCUUUGGCAUCAACUCAACUCGCCGUGUUUGGAGGAGGAGGAAUGCUGCCUAUGACUCCAGACCUUAAUCCCAUAGAAAAUAUGUUAGAGGGAGCUGAAGGUUCGAGUUGCCAAACGUCAGCUUCGAAACCUUAAUGACUUGGAGAAGAUCUGCAAAGAGGAGUGGAACAAAAUCCCUCCUGAGAUGUGUGCAAACCUGGUGGCCAACUACAAGAAACGUCUGACCUCUGUGAUUGCCAACAAGUGUUUUGCCACCAAUUACUAAGUCAUAUUUUGCAGAGGGGUCAAAUAAUUAUUUCCCUCAUUUAAAAUGCAAAUCAAUUUAUAACAUUUCUGACAUCCGUUUUUCUGGAUUUUUGUUGUUGUUAUUCUGUCUCUCACUGUUCAAAUAAACCUACCAUUUAAAAUUAUAGACUGAUCAUGUCUUUGUCAGUGGGCAAAUGUACAAAAUCAGCAGGGGAUCAAAUACUGUGGACCAUAGGAAUUGGCAAGAGCGCACAAACAGAUCUGGGACCAGGCUUUUCUGGUGUACGUUAAUGUUUUAAUGGGCCCAACCUUUGACCUUUGUUACACCCAAGUUAAUUACAUCAAUAAACACUGAACUUGUGUGGGCACUCUAUUCCCUACACUACUUUUGACCACAGUUUUGAGCACAAUUUCGUUUAUUGAUGUAAUGAACUUGGGUGUAACAGUACAUUCAAAGGUUGGGCCCAUUUUAAAACACAUUACUGCACACCAAGGUUACACCAGAGAACUGAGGAUUUGUAGCCUGGUCCCAGAUCUUUGUGCUCUCUUGCCAGUUCCUAUGGUCACUGUUAAUGUAUAGGAGUUGGCAAGACAACACAAACAGAUCUGGGGACCAGGCUAGAACAGACUACAGUUAGGUUAGCCUGGUCCCAGAUCUGCUAGUGCUGUUUUCCCAAACUUUAGCCAAUUCAGCAAGACCACCUAAACAGAUAUGGGACCAGGUUAACAGGUAGAGACAUUGAUUCCAACUACUAUGUAAGCCAGUUGGGCACUACCUGAUAAUGUGCCACUGGCAUCGUGAUUACAUUUGAUCUCUCUGUCCUAUGCCCCAGAUACAACAGAAAAUUAAUCAUUUAACAAACCUGUUGAUCACUUUGAUCUAGGUUUGGGUAACAUUUUCUGUAGUAAGGAGUCGAAGGAGAAUAGUCCUUUUCAAGUAAUCACUGAUCUGACAUAACUAGAAUGGUGUACUGUAAAGCCUGUCGCAUGCUUCCCAGUCGAAACAACAGUUCCCACACAUACUGAACAAAAAUAUAAACAGAACAUGCAACAAUUUCAACGAUUUUACUGAGUUACAGUUCAUAUAAGGAAAUCAGUCAAUUGAAAUAAUUUCAGUAGGCCCUAAUCUAUGGAUUUCACAUGACUGGGCAGGGGUGCAGCCAUGGGUGGGCCUGGGAGGGCAUAGGCCAAUCCACUUGGGAGCCAGGCCCACCCACUGGGGAGAUGGACCAGCCAAUCAGAAUGAGUUUUUCCCCACAUAAGGGCUUUAUUUCAGACAGAAAUACUCCUCAGUUUCAUCAGCUGUCCGGGUGUCUAGUCUCAGACGAUCCCGCAGGUGAAGAAGCGUCCUGGGCUGGCUUGGUUUCACGUGGUCUGUGGUCUGCGGUUGGACGUACUGCCAAAUUCUCUAAAACGACGUUGGAGGCGGCUUAUGGUAGAGAAAUGAACAUUCAAUUAUUUGGCAACAGCUCUGGUGGACAUUCCUGCAGUCAGCAUGCCAAUUGCACGCUCCCUUAACAUUUUACAUUUCCGUCAUUUAGCAGACGCUCUUAUCCAGAGCGACUUACAAAUUGGUGUGUUCACCUUAUGAUAGCCAGUGGGACAACCACUUUACAAUAUAUCAAAUUAUUUUUUUUUUUUUUGGGGGGGUAGGGUAGGGGGAGGGUAGAAUGAUUACUUUUAUCCUAUCCCAAAUAUUCCUUAAAGAGGUGGGGUUUCAAGUGUCUCCGGAAGGUGGUGAGUGACUCCGCUGUCCUGGCAUCGUGAGGGAGCUUGUUCCACCAUUGGGGUGCCAGAGCAGCGAACAGUUUUGACUGGGAUGAGCGGGAACUGUGCUUCCGCAGAGGUAGGGGGGCCAGCAGGCCAGAGGUGGAUGAACGCAAUGCCCUCGUUUGGGUGUAGGGACUGAUCAGAGCCUGAAGGUACGGAGGUGCCGUUCUCCUCACAGCUCCGUAGGCAAGCACCAUGGUCUUGUAGCAGAUGCGGGCUUCAACUGGAAGCCAGUGGAGUGUGCGGAGGAGCGGGGUGACGUGAGAGAACUUGGGAAGGUUGAACACCAGACGGGCUGCAGCGUUCUGGAUGAGUUGUAGGGGUUUAAUGGCACAGGCAGGGAGGCCCAGCCAACAGCGAGUUGCAGUAAUCCAGACGGGAGAUGACACGUGCCUGGAUUAGGACCUGUGCCGCUUCCUGUGUAAGGUAGGGUCGUACUCUGUGAAUGUCGUAGAGCAUGAACCUACAGGAUCGGGUCACCGCUUUGAUGUUGGCGGAGAACGACAGGGUGUUGUCCAGGGUCACGCCAAGGUUAUUUGCACUCUGGGAGGAGGACACAACGGAGUUGUCAACCGUGAUGGCGAGAUCAUGGAGCGGGCAGUCCUUCCCCGGGAGGAAGAGCAGCUCCGUCUUGCCGAGGUUCAGCUUGAGGUGGUGAUCCGUCAUCCACACUGAUAUGUCUGCCAGAGAUGCGAUUCGCACACCUUAAAACUUGAGACAUCCGUGGCAUUGUGUUGUGUCACAACUGCACAUUUGAGUGGCCUUUUAUUGUCCCCAGCACAAGGUGCACCUGUGUAAUGAUCAUGUUCAAUCAGCUCCUCAGGUGGAUGGAUUAUCUUGGCAAAGGAGAAAUGCUCACUAACAGGGAUGUAAACAAAUUUGAGAGAAAUUUUGUGUGUAUGGAAAAUUUCUGGUGUGUUUUUUUUAUUUCGGCUCAUGAAACAUGGGACCAACACUUUACAUGUUGCGUUUUUAUAUUUUUGUUCAGUAUAUAUUAUGACUAUUUCUGACAUUUUUGGAUGAUUUGGUGUUCGGCGAGUUUUUGGGGGGGGCUGUUCGCGCGCACAAUUUUUUCUUGGGGCACGUCGAAGUUCGGUAGCCGAAGUCAACACCCCUUCAUUGGUGAACAGUACUACUACUAGUAGGAGUCAACUAAGGACGCGAUUCUUCAACUAAGUGUUUGUCAGUCAACGAGAGACGACUAGUUUUAAUCCUAAUUUUUUCACUUGAAAAAUAUUGCAUCAAAACAUCUUAGUUAGAUGUAAAAUUGUGCGACUAAAAUCUCCUCAUCAAAAAAUUGCAGCAAUUACAAAUUUCUUGAUUUACUGUAUAUUAGAUUAACAGACUAUUUUGAGGAAGUGUAUACUGGCUAUGUUGCUACGGCGUCUCAAGAGGGACAAACAGUAAUAUUGCCACUUUUUCUUUUCUUUUUUCUAAUUUUUCAAGCGAAGAUCUUUUAAGGGAGGAUGCGAGGCACAGAUGUUCACUUCGCUUAGCCGAGUUCUUCUAGGAGUAAACCGAACCUAGUAUGCUGGCGCCUUAAGCCUCAAGCUCUCCAUUGCAUUGCUUUCACCAAUUUAUGUCAUGUCAGAAGCCAGGAAGGAAGAAUAUUCAAACUGGGCCCAGGAGUUGUUCCUCACCAUGUGAUCUGACCAUGAAAAACUCUGGCCCCUAGAUUCCAUCUCUAGUCUAGAACGUCUCAUUCUGCCGUGAGACCGUGAGAGCUUGAUGCUCUCUCUCCCUCCCCAAAGGGCUUUAUUGGCAUGGGAAACAUAUGUUUACAUUGCCAAAGCAAGUGAAAUGGAUAACAAACAAAAGUGAAAUAAACAAUCUGAAAUGAAUAGUAAACAUUACGUUACUCUGAAAAGUUUGACAUUUCAAAUGUUCUAUUAUGGCCAUGUACAGUGUUGUAACAAUGUGCAAAUAGUUGAAGUUAGGGCUGGGCGAUAUUGCCAAAAUACGUAUCAUAUUACAGUAUUUUUGACUAUUUUUUGUGUUUUUUUGAAUAAUAAAAGUUCUAAAUUUGCUUUUUUGAGUAGUGCGUGACCCUAGGGUGGCAACACAUACAUUCUAAGUCAAUGGGUCUUUCUCCAUUCUGAUUUGUUUUAUACUGUUCAAUUCAACUACAACCCAAAAAUAAUUUCUGCAUUUCCUCAUUGGAGAUCAUUUGCACACUGCCACGUAGGGCUGCAUGAUAUGGGUAAACAAUCUAAGCCAUAUUUUUAACCCAAAUGUUGCAAUUGCGAUUUGACUUGCGAUUUUAGAGCAAAAACACUUGGGUGAACUGUUGGAAUCAUGGAAAUAGAAUGAUGAUUGCAUAGUUAGAAUAGAAUAAUGGGCACUUUGAAUACAGUGUUGUUUGACAAGACAACGAAUGAAAAUGCCAGGGAGGGGUUAUUGUGACAGGGUAGGAACCAAAGUGUUGGUCAGUGUUUCCUUGGGGACCCUCUUAUCUUUGGCUACGUUGAAUGUUUUCUCUUAGCUACGUCAUGUAGCGAACAUAUUCAUGCUUCGCGUAUUCCUGUUUGAUUUAGAAGAUACUGUUGCACAAACAACAUGCUGAUGGAGUUCUACACCAUCACUGGUAUUAUCAGGCUGUAUAGCUAGUUACGUUUGCUCUGGCUCAGUACAUUUUAUUAGCUAGCUAACUAGCGAUUAGCAUUAGCGGCUAACACGAUCCAGUCCAAACUUGCUAAGAAAAGACAAACUAGCCGUUUUGCAGAUGUAAGGAACGCAAACUAAUAGUGUAAUUAUAAAAACGUUAGUGGAUUAAUAUUAAGAAACAAAGUGAAAAACAGCAUCGUUAUCAUCAACAUUGUUGUAUGCGCUGCAUUGACCAUGCAGAGACUGAACUCAAGUGUCUCAUGGUCAAGCAACAACAGGGGGCGGGGCUAGGUCUGUGGAAAGCGGCAGAGAGAGGACUCGAGUACUAAACUAUAAAAAGGGAGGUUACACACGGCGUAUCACAUUUAACAAACCAAACGUUCAAAUACCGUCAUAGAAGGUAAAGUAAAAACCCAAACCGAUCCGUGCAUCAAUACGGUAUAUCGUAAAAUACGGUACACCGCCCAGUCCUAGUUGAAGUACAAAAGGGAAAAUAAAUAUGGGUUGUAUAGUGCAUUCGGAAAGUGUUCAGACCCCUUUUGACUUUUUCCACAUUUUUGUUACAUUACAGCCUUAUUAUAAAAUUGAUUAAAUAAAAAACAUGUCCUCGUCAUUCUACACACAAUACCCCAUAAUGAAAUGUUUGUGAAUUUAAUUUUAUAAAAACAUACCUGAUUUACAUAAGUAUUCAGACCCUUUGCUAUAAGACUCGAAAUGUAGCUCAGGUGCAUCCUGUUUCCAUUGCUCAUCCUUGAGAUGUUUCUACAACUUGAUUGGAGCCUACCUGUGGUAAAUUCAAUUGAUUGGACAUGAUUUGGAAAGGAACACACCUGUCUAUGUAAGGUCCCACAGUUGACAGUGCAUAUCAGAGCAGAAACCAAGCCAUGAGGUCGAAGGAAUUGUCCGUAGAGCUCAGAGACAGGAUUGUGUUGAGGCACAGAUCUGGGGAAGGAUUCCAAAAAAAAUCUGCAGCAUUGAAGGUCCCCAUGAACACAGUGGCCUCCAUCAUUCUUAAAUGGAAGAAGUUUAGAACCACCAAGACUCUUCCUAGAGCUGGCCGCCCGGCCAAACUGAGCAAUCGGGGGAGAAGGGCCUUGAUCAGGGAGGUGACCAAGAACCCGAUGGUCACUCUGACAGAGCUCUAGAGUUCCUCUGUGGAGAUGGGAGAACCUCCCAGAAGGACAACCAUCUCUGCAGCACUCCACCUAUCAGGCCUUUAUGGUCGAGUGACCAGAAGGAAGCCACCCCUCAGUGAAAGGCACAUGACAGCCCGCUUGGAGUUUGCCAAAAGGCACCCAAAGGACUCUCAGACCAUGAGAAACAAGAUUCUCUGGUCUAAUGAAACCAAGAUUGAACUCUUUGGCCUGAAUGCCAAGCGUCACGCCUGGAGGAAACCUGGCACCAUCCCUACUGUGAAGCAUGGUGGUGGCAGCAUCAUGCUGUGGGGAUGUUUUUCAGCUGCAGGGACUGGGAGACUAGUCAGGAUCAAGGGAAAGAUGAAUGAAGCAAAGUACAGAGAGAUCCUUGAUGAAAACCUGCUCCAGAGCGCUCAGACUGGGGCGAAGGUUCACCUUCCAACAGGAUAACAAGCCUAAGCACACAGCAAAGACAAUGCAGGAGUGGCUUCGGGACAAGUCUCCGAAUGUCCUUGAGGGGCCCAGCCAGAGCUCGGACUUGAACCAGAUCGAACAUCUCUGGAGAGACCUGAAAAUAGCUAUGCAGCGACCCUCCCCAUCCAACCUGACAGAGCGUGAGAGGAUCUGCAGAGAAGAAUUGGAGAAACUCCCCAAAUACAAGUGUGCCAAGCUUGUAGCGUCAUACCCAAGAACACUCAAGGCUGUAAUCGCUGCCAAAGGUGCUUCAACAAAGUACUGGGAAAGGGUCUGAAUACUUCUGUGAAUGUGAUAUUUCAGUUAUUUUUUGUAAAUUUGCUAACAUUUCUAAAAACCUGCUUUUGUUUUGUCAUGAUGGGGUAUUGUGUGUAGAUUAUUGAGGGGGAAAAAACAAUCAUCCAUUUUUAGAAUAGAACGUAACAGUGGAAAAAUUCAAGGGGUCUAAAUCAUUUCCGAAUGCGUUAUAGAUAAUGUUACUCAGUGGACAGUUUAUUAGGUAUACCACCCCGUUCACAUGGUUCACUCCUACAGACAGUGAGUCACGUGGCUGUGGCUUGCUAUAUAAAGCAGGCAUCGAGGCAUUCAGUUACUGUUUGAUGGAACGUUAGAAUGGGUAAAACGAGUGACCUAAGCGACUGAUGUGUGGUAUGAUCGUCGGUGCGAGGAAUGCCAGUCAGAGUAUCUCAGAAACAACCGACCUCCUGGGUUUUUCACGCACAACAGUGUCUAGGGUUUACUAAGAAUGGUGCGACGAACAAAAAACAUCCAGUCAGCGGCAGUCCUGUGAGCGAAAACAGCUUGUUGAUGAGAGAGGUCGAAGGAGACUGGCAAGAAUCAUGCAAGCUUACAGGCGGGCCACAAACAGGCAAAUAACGGCGCAGUACAAUAGUGGUGUGCAGAACAGCAUCUCAGAAUGUACACUUGUCACGGAUGGGCUAUUGCAGCAGGCGACCACACCGGGUUCCACUCCUAUCGGCUAACAACAAGAAGUGUCUCCAAUGGGCAUGCGUCCACCAGCACUGGACAAUUGAGUAGUGGAAAAUAAUUGCCUGGUCCAAUGACUCUCGGUUCCUGUUGUCAUGCUGAUGGCAGAGUCAGGAUUUAGCGUAAGUAGCAUGAGUCCAUGGCGCUAUCCUGCUUGGUGUCAAGGGGUACAGGCUUGUGGUGUAAUGGUAUGGGGAAUGUUUUCCUGGCACACGUUAAGUCGCUUGAUGCCAAUUGAACAAUGUUUGAACGCUACCGCGUAUCUGAACAUUGUUGCUGACUAGGUGCAUCCCUUCAUGGUACUAGAUAGGUGGACUUAAUAAACUUGCCACUUAGUGUUGAAGAGGGUGGGGCUUAAGCUGCUACCCUGCCUCACCCCACGGCCCUGUGGAAAGUAAUAUUAUUUUGCUCAUUUUUACUGAACACUUGUUGUUUGUGUACAUGGAUUUUAUAAUGUAUGUUUUUCCCCCAACACCGCUUUCCAUCCAUUUGUAUAGCAGACCCUCAUGCCAAAUUGAGUCAAAGGCUUUUUUUUAAAUCAACGAAGCAUGAGAAGACUUUGCUUUUGGGUUGUUUGUCAAUUAGGGUGUGCAGGGUGAAAACGUGGUCUGUCGUACGGUAAUUUGGUAAAAAGCCAAUUUGACAUUUGCUCAGUACAUUGUUUUCACUGAGGAAAUGAACUAGUCUGCUGUUAAUGAUAAUGCAGAGGAUUUACCCAAGGUUGCUGUUGACGCAUAUCCCAUGGUAGUUAUUGGGGUCAAAUUUGUGUCCACUUUUGUGGAUUGUGAUGAUCAGUCCUUGGGUCCAAAUAUUAGGGAAGAUGCCAGAGCUGAGGAUGAUGUUUAAGUAUAGCCAACUGGAAUUUGUGGUCUGUAUAUUUUAUAAUUUAAUUUAGGAUACCAUCAACACCACAGGCCUUUUUGGGUUGUGUUACAGCCUGAAUUCAAAAUGUAUCUCACCCAUCUACACACACACACACACACACAAUGACGAAGUGAAAACAUGUUUUUAGACAUUUUUGCUAAUUUAUUAGAAAUUAAAAGCAGAAAUCUCAUUCACGUAAGUAUUCACACCCCUGAGUCAAUACUUUGUAGAAGCACCUUUUGGCAGUGAUUUUCUGGGUAAGUCUCUAAAGCUGUGUUCACAUUGGAGGUUUGAAGUGACUCAAACCCGAUUUAUUGGCGUAUAAGAUAUGUCUGAACAGCCAAAAAGAACAUGGAAUCGGAUAUUUCAAGCCACAAUCAAGACAGAUCCUAAUCUGAUUCCUGGCCAUGUGACUUGUGUCUGAAUGGUCAAAUCUGAUUUAUUUGCCCUCAAGUGGUUUUUAGACUUAUUUGGCAUAUCUUGUUGCUUGCUAGCUACUCUGACAGUUUGACAAGAACGUGGUAGCCAACUAUCUUGUUAAUUGUUUAGAAAGAAAUUAGUGAAUGUGCUAGAAAGCUAAACAGCUAGCUAGUUGACUGCUGUGGCUAGCCAAAAAGGACUUGUUUUGAAAAUUGGAUUAUAUUAUACUUUGAGGCUUGAUGUGUUCUUACACUACGAUUUUGAACAUUCAAAGCAACUGGGAAACGCCCAUGGCAGGCAUUGUCACCUUAGCUUGCUACACAACUUCUGAGUGAUAUGAAGCACGAGCACCACCACCAAUCAGCCUACACCACUGUGCAUACACUUGUCGUUACUAUGACAACUAGCGUAGCCAUGUCAGCAAAUGACCGCUGUCUGAACACAAACUCAUCCGAUUUGGUCACUUGUAACUUGCUGUUUGGACAUUCAGUAGUACAUAACGGAUUUGAAAAACAAAACUGAUUUGAGCAUUUAAGGCCUGCAGUGUGAACAAGGCUUAAGAGAUUUCCACACCAGGGGCAGGUUGCACCAGUUGGUCUUAAAUGCUAGGUCGGGCGUAGCUACGUCCGACUUUGGGAUCAGAAUUGACACCUGUUGCAAAAAUAAGACUAGUCGUAAAGUCCGGCGUAAGCAAUGCGUGUUCAUAUAUAUAUAUAUAUAUAUAUAUAUAUAUAUAUUUCUUUAUUAUAUAGAAUAUUUGAUGCUUCAUAAUGAUGGUUGCUAGGCAGCGUCCGUUACUAGGCUGUUACCAUCCUUGUGGCAGUUCUAAACUUUGCAAGGCAUGUCCCAUCACUUCGCAUAGCCCACCACUAAGCAUGCACGUUUUCUCAACCACAACUGGAUGGAUCAAUCAAUAAUUACUGUGGGAAUAAAUAUCACUGAAUGACAGAGAUUGGAAUAAAGUAGUCUAAUGCCAUUUGAAGGCAUUUAUCAUAUUGUUGCUUACUGAGUCAUCAAAACAAAAAGUGUCAUUUGGGUUUUUUGUACCCCCAUUUUCAUGAUAUCCAAUUUAGUCUUCCAAACCCUCCCCUAACCCGGACGACGCUGGGCCAAUUGUGCGCCGCCUCAUGGGUCUCCCGGUCGUGGCCGGCUGCGACACAGCCCGGGAUUUAACCCGGGUCUGUAGUGACGCCUCAAGCACUGCGAUUCAGUGCCUUAGACCGCUGCACCACUCGGGAGGCCCAUUUUGAAAUACUUUAAAGAAAUAGCUGUGUGUGGUCAACUAAAAUUUCAGCACCGUUAUGAUUGGGACAGUGUUAUCGCGCUGGUUUGUGACAAGCGUGGGGACUCUUUAUAUCUUGAUAAAUUAAUCAGAUUUUUGUUUUCACAAUCUCUGUUUUGGAUAUUUGGUUAUAAUUAGGCUGGGAAAAUGUUAGCCAAAUUGAGGUGAGUGUUCAUGAUGAUAAUCUUAAGUCUAGUUAGUCUAACAGUGUUAUCAGAACAUUUUGCUAGCAUGUUAUGUAGCCUACGCUAGGCUAGUAUAACAGGUGGAUUAUUCUGCUCUUCACUCGCGUAGUAGCCUAGGCUAUAUCCCGACUAAAAGCCCUUGACUUGUCUGAUAAUCAAUCAGUGAUUUUGUUUCUCUGUGUAUUUGUUUAUUUGAUCUCUGGCUGGGCAGCUCAUCUAUUACUUUGCUAAUAUCUGAUCAGACACAUUUAGCAUGCUAUAAUGUAGCCGCUAAUAUCUGAUCAGACACAUUUAGCAUGCUAUAAUGUAGCUGCUAAUAGCUGAUCAGACACAUUUAUCAUGCUAUAAUGUAGCCGCUAAUAUCUGAUCAGACACAUUUAGCAUGCUAUAAUGUAUCUGCUAAUAGCUGAUCAGACACAUUUAUCAUGCUAUAAUGUAGCUGCUAAUAUCUGAUCAGACACAUUUAGCAUGCUAUAAUGUAGCUGCUAAUAUCUGAUCAGACACAUUUAGCAUGCUAUAAUGUAGCCGCUAAUAUCUGAUCAGACACAUUUAGCAUGCUAUAAUGUAUCUGCUAAUAGCUGAUCAGACACAUUUAUCAUGCUAUAAUGUAGCUGCUAAUAUCUGAUCAGACACAUUUAGCAUGCUAUAAUGUAGCUGCUAAUAUCUGAUCAAACACAUUUAGCAUGCUAUAAUGUAGCAUAAAUCAAGUGUAUUAUUUUGGUACUUACUCGCACAUAGGCAACUCGAAAAGGAGGUUGUGAGAUGUGAACACAAGACUUGCAUCCUUUUUGAAAAUAUAGAUUGCUAUUCUAUGCGUAUCAUGAUGAAGAUGAGUCCCAAUUUUAACACCCUACACCUUCUCCCUACUAGGUGUAGAAUCUAGGACCGGGCGUAGCUCACGACCAGGUGGUGCAACAGGCUGCCGAUGUGCCCUUGAGCAAGGCACUUAACCCUAAUUGAUAAGAGCGUCUGCUAAAUGACUAAAAUGUAAAUGUAUAAUUUCUAGGUCGGGCGUGGAGUUAUGACCCACAGGUGCAACCGGCCCCUAGAUUGUGCAACAUUUUCCCAUUUUUAUAUUUGAUUAUUUUCUCAAUUCUUCAAGCUUUUGUCAAAUUGGAUGUUGAUCAUUGCUAGACAACCAUUUUCAGGUCUUGCCAUAGAUUUAAAAGUAGAUUUAAGUCAAAACUGUAACUCGGCCACUCAGGAACAUUCACUGUCUUCUUGGUAAGUAACUCCAGUGUGGAUUUGGCCUUGUGUUUUAGGUUAUUGUCCUGCUGAAAGGUGAAUUAAUCUCCCAGUGUCUGGCGGAAAGCAGACUGUGCUUAGCUCCAUUUACGUUCCUUUAUAGGGCGCAAACAUAUAACACUUUGUAUUCAGGACAACAAGUGAAUUGCUUUGCUACAUUGUUAGCAGUAUUACUUUAGUGCCUUAUUGCAAACAGGAUGCAUGUUUUGGAAUAUUUUUUUUUUCUGUACAGGCUUCCUUCAUUUCACUCUGUCAAUUAGGUUAUUAUUGUGGAGUAACUACAAUGUUCUUGAUCCAUCCUCAGUUUUCUCCUAUCGCAUCCAUUAAACUGUUUUUAAAGUCACCAUUGGCCUCAUGGUGAAAUCCCUGAGUGGUUUCCUUCCAGCAACGGAGUUAGGAAGGACACCGGUAUCGAUACACCAGCCAAAGUCUAAUUAAUAACUUCACCAUGCUCAAAUGGAUAUUAAAUGAUUGCGCACAGUGAGUCCAAGUCCAUGCAACUUAUUAUGUGACUUGAUAAAGCAAUUUUUUUACUCCUGAACUUAUUUAGGCUUGCCAUAACAAAGGGGUUGAAUACUUAUUGACGCAAUAAAUUUCAGCUUUUAAUUUCUAAUUAAUUUGUACACAUUUCAGAAAAUUAUUCCACUUUUGACAUUAUGGGGUAUUGUGUGUAGGCAGGCCAGUGACAAAAAAAUCUAAAUUUUAUCCAUUUUAAAUUCAGGCUGUAACACAACAAAAUGUGGGAAAAAUCGAGGGGUGUGAAUACUCUCUGAAGGCGCUGUGUAUGUCUCUCUCUCACUCUCUAUUUAAGUUCAACUAAAAUGUAGACGUCUAUAUUGCUGUGCUGUACUCUAAAUCUGUCUCCCUCCUCAGCUGAGCCUCUCCCUCUGAUGGACCUGUGUCGGCGCUCUGUGAGGGUAGCUCUGGGCCGAGAACGACUGAGUGAGAUCCAUGCUCUGCCCCUACCAGCCUCGCUCAAGAAUUACCUGCUCUACCAAUGACCCCUCAGCACAACAACAUAGAACAUGACCUCAGAUCCAUGGUCUGCCCCGUCUGUUCCCUCAAUGCAUACACAGAACACGCUUCACCCUUGCUCUCUCUGUCUCUGGGAUUUCCCCUCUCCGGAGGGUAACCAACCUGUUCCACAAUUCAGCACAUGACUCCAGCCUCUGGGUUUAGGACUCUGACUCAUCCUUCCCAUCCCUCAGGGCUGGUUUGUACCAAUCACAUUUUACGACGGAGUGAGAACACCAUUGUGUGAUGUUUGGAGUGUUCAGGAAGCUGUAGACACCGUGGUUGGUGAUGGGUCAAGUCUUCUUUCGGGUUUUUAUAAUCCUGUUUUUAUGGUUUACUUCAAUUAUAUAUACUGGGAUAUCCAUGUCUGUGAUGGACAUGACAUGCAAAGGACUUUAUGCCGAUCUUUACUGGUCCUGAGGACUAGGAGAUGACUGCCACAGUCGUACUCCAGUAUGUAUGUCUGUCUGUCUGUGUGUAUGUUGAAAUGCAAUGAGUUUGAUGGUACGUAAGUCUGUUGUGACCACAACACCUCUUAAUAGUGAUUGACUUUGUCUCUCCUUUUCAGUAUGUCUUUUUAAAUGAAAUAUCAAUCAAGUGAUUGCUGUGUGACAUGUCCUGUUGGUAAAUAGUUAGAUUAUUGUGUUGGAAUCAAACCCCCCCCCCCCCCCCCCCCCCCCCCUCUUCAGGGCCCUUGUGUGGUAUAAUAGAUUACUUUGUUGCGUGUUGAAAAUAUAUUUGUAAGCAUUUUCUACGCAUAAAGAUGGUACCAUUUCUCAUCUUUACCUGUUGUUCCUCUUCAAUGGUCGAUCAGGAAAUAGUACUCCCUUUUUAUAUGCUUAAGAUUUUAUGAGAUUUCCUUGGAAGGUUUGAUAAAGUUAGUACUCAUGGUGGAUCUAGCCCGGCGAUGACCCAGCACUGACCUCUGAUGUUAAUAAGGAGGUGAUACAUCUCCAUUUCUCCUGGAAGCAGCAGCAGCACCGUAGUUUGUCCCUCAAGGUGACCGCACACCUCCUACCCCCACCCUUUUUUUAAAGGAUCAGUUCACCCAAAUAAAUAAAUAAAUUUUAAAAAAGUACAUCUUUGUUUCCUGACCAUUGUAAGCAGUCUAGGGACAAGGACAGAGUGCAAUCCAAGCUUUGGGUUUGUUUACCUAGACUCCCGUUACCCAUAGACUGCUUUCAGGGUAAGAAAGUGUCAUUUUGUCAUUUUGGGGUCGAACGGUCCCUUUUUAACUCUGUUCUGCUGCACUAUCAGGUUUUCUCCCUGCAAUAUUCGAAACGCCUGUUUUGUGUUAUGUACUGUUGGGGGACAUCGUAGAUUUGAAGAUGGUUGUUUUUUACUGAAGAGGUUUUUAUAUAAACUGAAGGAUGACAUCACUGUGAGCAUUUCUAGCAUGCACCAGCAGACUGUUUUCUCAUUGCCCACAAAAGCCAAUACAAUCACUGUACAAUGUCCAUGUUCUUUCUCUCUGCUUUGGACCCGUACAUAGUGUUUCAUGUAUUUAGAGGACUUGUUUGGGUAUAGGGGGGAUGGUUGUGGGGGAUUCUGAAAUGUAAGCGUAUGUGUGGUGAUGUCAUCAGAAGGUAUGGUGUCUUUUUAAAAAAUUAGUUAACCAUUUUGUUUUGUUUUAGUUGGAAAGCAUCUGUUCAAAUGGCACCCUAUUCCCCGUAUAGUAGACUACUUUUGUUUUAAUGGUCAGGUGUAGUCCGUGUGUGGCGUUGUGCUGAGCGUUGACCAUGCUGCGCCCAUCCGGUUUUUUAUCUCCUUCUAGUUUGCAACAUCUCAUUUUUCUUUGUGUUUCUUUAUGUAGAUGGUUUGUAACUACCUAAUAAAAGUUGAUUUCAAAUUAUAUUUUCUGUUGCGCUGUCAAGUGACUUGUGUGUAAUUUUGUGGGGUCCUCGAAGUAUCGACAAGGUAAUAGAACCAAGUGUGUGUGUGUGUGUGUGUGUGUGUGUGUGAAUCGAAAUGGAACUGAAUUGUGUAAAGUUUGAAAUAUGGUAGACAUUUUGAAUCUCAUCUGUUGCUUGCAAUGAUCAUGGGUUUGAUUCCAGCUGGGGCCUCCCAUAUGAAAAAUAUGCACACGCUUUGGAUAAAGACGUCUGAUUGGUAGGAAAUGGGAGCUCCGCCAGCAUCUUCCUUAUCUAGCCGUCAGGGGAUGCUAAAGAGCAGAUACUGGCCUUCUGGCAUCAACUACCUGUUUGACCAUUCAACUGAUUCUCAAAAGUCAAAAGAAUCUCUUCUGAAACAUUUCACCCCAUGUGAAUGGUGUGCUGUAGUGACUUAGAAAUGUGUGUGUGUGAUCGUAAUCAAGACUGGAUAAUUCUGCAGUCUUGGCUCUUGCAACAAAAAACAAACAGUGAACGUCCACUACUUUUUAUAUAAGUCAACAAACCUGUUUUAUUGUCGCCCAGGGUCAAAAAACAUUAAGAUAUUUGUCAUUGCUCAUACUUUGAGUCAAUGUCCUGUAACUGAUUUGUUUAUUAAGUGAAUUGUUGAAGAGGUUUUAAAUGCUCUAAAUUUACAAACAAUGAUAACUGUCUCUGGAUGUUUUUUUUACCCUGACCAAUAAAACCGGUUCACUGAUAAGGCAGCAACUUUCCACUGACAAACAACCCAAUUUCCAGGUGGUUGAAUAACCUACUUAUCUGUCUAUUCCAUAGGUUAUGAACCUUGAUAUCAUGUUGAGUAGUACUUUAUUGAUCCCAACUUGGGAAGUUGUUUUCUCACUCUGCAUCAUCAAUAAAUCAUGAGGACAAAACCCGUAACAAUGACAAACAUGAUAAGAAACUGACAUAUGAAGGCACCUGCAUCUUAGCAACCAUACAAUAAUAGUCUGAUUCAAAGGAGUUAAGAAAUGCUGUUGUCGAUCCUACGCCGGGGAGACGAGCAACAACAACAUUCAUCAGAAGACAGGUCAUCAUCACUCUCAUUAAAAAGCCUCAUGGCUGUGGGUAAGAACGACCAUCUUAAACCUCUCUGUGGCGCUUCUGGGCAGGAUGAAACUGCUACUGAAACUAUUUCCCCUUAGUAAGCAUGUCAGUGACAUUCCACCUCUUACACACCUCCAGACCUGGGUUCAACCAGGUGUUUGUGUUUUUUGGGACUUUCUGAUUCCAUUUCAACAAGGAAAGCUCCAUCGAGUAUCUCCAAUAGUGCUUGAACCCAGGUUUGCACACCCUCACCUCCCAUUGGCUGGGCUGGCUGGGCUGGCUGGCUGGCUGCUCAGUUGACACACAACACGCCAUGUCACGCGUCUACAGACCUCUCUUCAGAUGCCACAGUCAUGGUGUCGGGUGUCACGUUCACCCCAUAACUAAAAUGGAAGAACAAUAUGUAUAUAUUUUUUCUCUGUCUGCUUGUUCUAGGACGAAGUAGAAGUUGAUAGAGGAUUGACCUACAAGUCUACUGUCAGAAACUAG